AUGGCCGAGGCGGGCCCGGCCGCGCCGCCGCCGCCGCCGCGGGCGCCUCCUCCUCCGGCGCGGCUCACCGAGCUGGGGGGCCAAGGACACUCGCGGUCAGACUGGCCGCCCGGGGAGGGCAGGGCGCGCCGCGCCCCGCCCCCUCCGCCCGGCCUCCCCCGGCUGCUGCGCUGCGCUGCGCUGCCCCGAACCGAACCCCGAGCCCGACGUAGCUCCGCUGGCGCCCGCCUCGGCUCCCGAGGCCAAUCUGGCCGCUGCGAACUGGGAAGCCGGGCUCGGGCGCCGCGCCCCGCCCCCGCCGCCUCCCAUUGGCCGCCGGGCGAGCCGAGGCCCCGCCCCCGCCGCCUCCCAUUGGCCGCGCCGCCCCCACCACCGCAGCCCCCACCCCGCUCCCGCGGCUCUCUCGGCUGGCACCACCUGUGGCCCUCCAGUCCGGGAACGAUCCUCUCCCCCACCUCCGCGGGACCCGCCGGACUUACCCGCGCCCCGCCCCGGGCCCACUAUGCUCGGGGCUGUCGAGAUUUCCGGGGCCGGCGCGCGGGCCGAGCGCCUGCCCCAGCCCUUGCCCCGCGGCCCGAACGCCGCGGCCCGCCGGAGAGCGCCCGGGCAGCGGCGGCCCGGAAGGUGAGCCCGGAAGCGACGUCCAAACAAGGUCGAGGUUCGAACGCGCCUCGCGCCGCCGACCCUGCCCUCUGGCUCAGGCUCCGCCCCUCCUCCCUGCCCACAGACUUGCGGCCCCGCCUUCCUGCCAACGAGCAGCUCCUCCCCCGACUCCUGGCCCCGCCUCCCCGGCUAGCCCCACUCUCUUCCCGCCCCCCCCGCGGGAUCCUGCCCCUCCCCCUUGGGAAUCCCCCAGCCCCUUUGGGCCCGGCCCCGGGGGAUAAAGCUGAAGCACGGGGCUUGGCCAGGCCCCACGGUUCAGCCGCGGGCGCCUGGGAGGGCCCCUGGGAGAACGGAAGUGGUGGGUCCGCCUUUUGCACCCCCGGGGGCCCCCGGGGGUCCCCCCUGGCGGGGCGGCCCCCAGGAGAAAUCGCCCCUGGCCGGGGCCCCCCGGGAAAGGUCACCCUUUUGGGGCCCCAGGGAGGUCAGCCCUGGCCCAAGGGAGGUCACCCUGGCCAGGCUUGGGGAAGCGGGGCCCCGGGGAGUCAGCCUGGCCGAUCCCCGGGGGGGGUCGGCCCCCAGGGAGGGAAGUCAGCCCUGGCCCAAGGGCCCGGGAGUCACCGGCGGGCCUUUGGGAGGGGUCAGCCUGGGGGGCCCCCAGGAGAGUCAGCCCUGGCCCAGGCCCCGAGGGGGUCAGCCCCCAGGCCCCAGAAGUCAGCCCUGGCCCAGGCGCCCCCGCCCCGAGGGAAAUCACCCUUUGGGCCCGUACCCAACGGGGAAGGUCAGCCUGGCCCAGGCCCCAGGGGGGUCAGCCGGGGGCCCCAGGUCAGCCCUGGCCCCAGGGCCCCUGGGAAGUCCCGGCCCGGGGGCAGGGGCCCACAGUGGGCCCUUUUGGGGGAGUCAGCCCCUGGCCCCAGGGCCCCUGGGGUCCCAGGCCCCGGGGGUCCCCCCGGGGAAUGUUUGGGGGGCAGCCCUGGCAAAGGGGGCCCCGGGGGGUCAGCCCUGGCCCGGGGGCCCAGGGCCCCGGGGGUCAGCCUGGGCCAGGGCCCCGGGAGGUCAGCCCUGGGGCCCCCCGGAGAAUCAGCCCUGGCCCGGGGGGGGCCCCCGCAGAAGAUCACCUGGGGCCCCAGGGAAGUCCGCCUGGCCCAACGGGAGGGGCCGGGGGGCCCCGGGAGUCAGCCCUGGCCAGGCCCGCGGGAGGUCAGCCCUGGCGGGCCCCGGAGAAUCGCCCUGGCGGGGGCCCCUGGGAGUGCCCUGGCCAGGGCCCAGGAAAUGCCCUGGCCCAGGGCCCCCAGGGAGUCAGCCCUGGCGGGCCCCCAGGGGUCAGCCCUGGCCGGGGGGGCACCCAGGCGCCCCCGGGAGGAGCCCUGGCCCAGGCCCCGGGGAGGUGCCCUGGCGGGGGCCCGGAGGGAGUCGCCUGGCCAGGGCCCCCGGAGGUCGCCCGGCCCCCUGGGGAGUCAGCCCUGGCACGGCCCCCGCGGGAAGUCAGCCCUGGCGGGUGCCCCGGGAAGGUCAGCCCGGCCCAGGCGCCCCCGGAAAGUCGCCCGGCCAAGGCCCCGGAAGGGUCACCCGGCCAGAUGCCCAGCCCAGGGUCACCCUGGCAAGGCCCCCGGGGGGGUCAGCCCUGGCCCGGCCCCUGAGGAGGGAGUCGCCCGGGCCCGGGGUCCACCCGGAAGAGCCCCCGGGAGGUCAGCUAAGGCCCCCGGGGGAGUCAGCCCUGGCACAGGUUCCCCCCGGGAAGGGUUGUCUCCCUCUCCCCUGUGGUCGUUGCCCCCAGCUCCUGGGGAACAAGGUGCCCAGGGGGCGAGGGCCGGCUGGGGCUCCCUUCGUUGUGGGGAAAGGGUGGGAAGGGUCCCGCGGCCGGGGGCUCCCGGGGAGGCGGCCGCCAGGGCAGGGGGGAGGCUCCCAGGAGGGCUCCCCUGCCUCCUCGCGGGCUCCUCCUGCUCAGCUCUGCUGUCGGCGGGUCCCCGGGUCCCGCCCAAGGCAGGGGGCCAGGCGGCUCCUCUCGGGCCCGGGGACCCCGCCGUCGGGCUGGGGCUCCUCUCCCAGCCCGGGGGCUUCUCGGGAGGGCUGGCUCGGCUGGGAGGGGGGGAGGCCUGGGGUGGGGGGCGCAGCCUGGACAAAGGCAAGGAGGGCCCGGCCCCAGCUCAUGCCUCAGUCCGGGAGGGAGCGGCUGUGGAGCCAGGCCCGGAACCCAGCACCGGCCACUCUCCUUCCAGGUUCUUAGCGCUGCUGUGCCAGCCCGACCAUUACAUCAGCCAAGCAUUUAUUAAGCCCUACUGUGUGCUGGGGACUGCACAACAGACUGCUAUGGCCACCUAUUUCAGGAGUGGACUCCUCUGCACUUGGAUGGACACAGAAUGUGAUGGGGAAAGGCUCCAGGCCGAGCUGCUGAGCGUCCCUGCCUGCUGCCCCCAAGUUCCUGCAGAGCCCAGGGUGGUGCUGGGGCCGCAGGAACCAGCCUGGGUCAUGGUGGCUCACGGAAAUGAGGGGAGACUGGAUGACAAUAGCACUGAUAGCGCCUGCUUCCAGGUGGGCGAGCUGGGGAAUUGUGGAGGCCCUGCCAGUCUUAAAGGGCCGGGCACGUGGGGCAAAAGGCGGGUCCUCGAGUCCAUUGGCCUGCUUUGUGGGGACCGCUCUGCGGCCGGAGUCGGAUUUCACACUUUGGAACAAGGCCCAGAGCCCAGCCAGCCGCCCUUUCCCCAGAGGACACGCUCCGAGAAUGGCUGCCGUGGUCUGAGACGGCAUCGGUCAGGAGCCCUCCUGGCAGCCCCUGCAGAGGUCUCCCAUCUGGAUGCUGGGCGGUUGUCCCAGGGAAGCCCCUCUGAAGGUGCCGCCUCUGACCCAGCCGAACGCGUGAGGGAGAAGCCCUGGAGUCCCCCAGAGUCCGGUCCACAGUCCGUCCUUCUGCCCAGAGUCAAGGCUUCUCCGCCAGCCAGGAGUGCUGGUGGUUCUGUCAUCUCAGUCUGGGCCUGGUUUUGUAGCCCCACAGGGGAGUUUUCUUAG